AUGCGUCAGCCAACUACACCGAGCAUCUUCAAGCUUGGAGCUUGGCAAAAUGCCUAUGAUAAGGCAUCAGCGCUUGUAUCUACGCUCACUACUGAAGAGAAGAUAUCCAUUGUUGCAGGCGGUGAUGGAGGCAACUGGACCGCGUUACACAACCUUGACUCCGCUACCAACCCUCUCACCUACUUCUACGUCACGACAUGGCCCGCUGGUUUGGCGAUGGCCAUGACAUGGGAUAUAGCAGCCGCAGAGGGCCAGGGACAUGGCGUUGGCCAGGAGUUCAAGGGAAAGGGUAUCAACAUGGCCUACGGACCUACACUGGAACCUCUUGGACGCUCAGCUUGGGGCGGUCGUUCCGGUGAGACGUACGGCGUGGACAGCUAUCAGGCUGGAAUUAUCGCCGGCGCAGUUGUGAAGGGAAUGUCAUCUGCUGGUGUGACAGCUAGUGCCAAGCACUUCAUUCUCAACGAGCAAGAGACCAAUCGCAUGAGCACUGGCUCUGGUGGCGGCGGCAUGGGAGGAGGCGGAUCUCCUCCUGGUGGGUCGACCAACUCAACCUUGACGGCUCGCCAGGCAUCGUCGACAAAUAUUACAACGAAUGGCACGACAUCCUCCGACGACUCUGGUUCUUACACUGUUACCAUCGGCGACAAGGCAUUUCACGAGACCUACCUAUGGCCCUUCUACGACACAGUCUACAAUGGCAUGGGUGGCGCCAUGUGUGCCAUGAACAAGGUUAACGGAACAUACUCAUGCGAGAGCCAGGACCUCCUCGCCAAGUAUCUCAAAGUCGAGCUCGGGUUCCCUGGCAUUGUGUCUGCCGAUGUUAGCGCGCAGAAGACAGGCAUCAACGCCGCGAACGCUGGCAUGGAUCUCGCCUCGAGCAGUUACUGGUCCAAUGAGACACUGGGCGUGGGCCUCACCAACGGAAGCUUUACCUCUGAGAGACUCGACGACAUGGUGAUUCGUAACAUGAUGGGCUACUUCCACUUGGGGCAGGAUGACGGAUAUCCCAGCCUGGCAGGUGUCACGGACCGCAUUGACAACCGCGGCAACCACAGCGCCAUGGCGAGACAAUAUGCUGCUGAGUCUAUUGCCUUGCUCAAGAACACCAACGGUGCGCUCCCUCUGGUCAACAAGUCCAGUAUCAGCAUUUUCGGCUUCCAUGCUGGCCCACGAUACGUGGGUGCAAACACCGCUCUCGGCCUCUUCAAUGAGCGUGCUGCCAAGGAUGGCUUCAUGCUUCGGUGGUGGCUCAACGAUACCUCCGAGACGUCUUUUAGCGGCAUGCAGGGCUCCGGCACCGAGCUCACCGACUUGGGUCUUGUGAUCGACAUCCCGCAGAACUCGACGCUUGCUCAAGUGCCUUGGGAGACUGCAAGUUUGUGGCUGACUGACAAGCCGGGCGAUGGAUAG